UGAGCACUCGCUGGCUGAUUCAGUCACCCACAGCAGCGCACAGCAGUAACCGCAAAACAUUUCACAUUAUUUUUAUUAUCAAUUUUUUAUAAAUAAUUUCGCGUUAUCACUUUUAGAAUGAGAAUGUAAGUUAUUUUAUAUGGAAUGCACUUUAUCAGUGGAUGGAUUGAAUAUUAUUGAUAAAAGAUUAAAAAUGUGAACUGAAAAACAACAGACAUGACUUUUCUACUUUAUGACAAGUUGGAUUUGGAGGAAAAAGCGUCGAACAAGCUCAAGGCAUGGAAAGCAUGGCAUUUAAUUAUUUACGCGCUUGCUGCCAGUUUCGCUAUCAUGAACUACGUAUUUCUUCAAAACACUAUGCAGCUAGUAGACAAUAACUGUGUGCUUUUCCCGCGCCAGUUGAGCUUCAAAAUGGUGGAUGUGCCGAUAGAAAAUGCGCUCAAUCAAAAUGGAAACUAUAAUGCUCAAGAUUUCAAAGCUAACAGUACUGAUUUGACUGAAAGAAAUGUAAUAGACGAGAACAAAAAUGAUACAGAGCAAAACACACAAACAACACAGAAAAUGGAUGACUUGGAAAUAUCUACAAUGGAAAGCCGUCUAAUCCUCGACACCUCCCGAACCCUAUUCGGUCAAGAUUGUGAUCUCGCGGAGUAUGCACCAGUGAUGUCUUUGAUAGUUGCUGCGACUUGGGCCACGCUCUUCACCAUGUGUCCUGGAGGCGGCCGUCCUAGAUCCGGCCUUCGCCAGCCGUGGCGUAUCCUGGCCCCAGCACUAAUAUUCGCCAUCGUGAUGGUAAUUUUGACUGGAAUAAGCUUCACUAAGACAAACAAUGGCCUGGUGGACUUCUGUACGGCGUUUCAAAAUACUACAAAUGCGACAACGUGUUCGUCUGUGGAUCCGUAUUUAGAGCGAUCAUGGCAAGCGUCUUGGUCUUUCGGGGCGCGUACAGCAGCAACGCGAGCUGCGAGCGCGGGCGUAUGGGCUUCUUGGGCUUGUGCAGUAGCUUUAUUCCUCAUUCGGUGCCUGGCAGCACCAGACUUUGAAGUACGACGGACUGGAGCUUACUUGAAGGACCCUCAAAAUAAACUGACACCAUAUUUGCGUAAACCCCGCCGGCAACGGAGCAGCGCUUCUCCAACUAAACGAGAUACAUCCUCUUUAAAAUCGGAGCCUACCAUAACAACCGAACUGGUCACGGUCUCCAUUGAACAUGAACAGGAUACGGCCCCAAACUCAGCUCAAGGCUCACCCCUGAAAUACCCAAUGGAACCUACAGUUAUGAAUUCUUCAUACAAACUAGAUUGAUUCGCGACUAUGCCAAUUGAAAUGCUCAAUAAUAAACGCGGAAUGUUUCGUUGUAAUAUGGAACUUUUAUAAAUCUUGAUGUGAAUUAAUUUAUUGUUAAUAAAUACUAAUCUUUUCUUGAGAUUUCUGUUAGCCUUGUAAGACUACGUAAUUUGAACACAACUUAAUUAUUAAUCAAUAAAUGUAUUCGAACUCAUAAAUGUAUGUAUUGGCCAUGCAUGUGCACAUCUAACUCGAUAUUUUUAAGAUUUGA